UGCAUAUGAGGCGCUCAUGUGUGAGGAGCAGAUCCCGUCCCUUAAGCGAGGCCGGUUUCUGGCCAAGCUAGGCUCUGUGGCCGAUGGACUGAACGAGUAACAGCCCGAAUAUAUUAAUAAGACAGUCACUUGGUCGGCAAUCUCUCCACUCCCGACGAAGAAGGGAAGGAGCUUGUUUAUUCUUCGUAAAAUCUGCUCGGUUCGUUAGUGAUUAUAGCUUAUUCGUCAUUUGUCAAAUCGUUCGAUUAAUUUAAUUUAACAUGGAAUCCAUGGAAGCUUUGAUCACUCAAAUACAAGGGCUUUCGGGUAGCGUGGAGGAUAUAUCUCAUCUUCACAAUCUCUUGAAACUGACCGAGGAAUCUCUCCAAUCUGAGGCGCCACGAUUAGCUUCUUUCUUGGGGCAGCUCGACCCCGCUAAACAAUCUCUUGGCUAUCUCUAUAUCCUGGAGGCAUAUACUUCUGCUCCAAUAUCAAGAGAGCAACCUAGUGAAUUCAUUAUGUCCGUCUCUACCUUUAUCAAUUCUUGUUUAGCAGAGCAGAUACGUUUGGCAGCUGAUAAAUUUGUAUCUGUUUGCAAGAGGUUCAAGGAUCAAGUUGUGCUGCUUCAAGAACCAUUACGGGGUGUAGCUCCCAUGCGUACAGCUGUACAAAAGCUUCGGUCUUCUUCUGAACAUUUAACUGCUUUGCAUCCGGAUUUUCUCCUUCUUUGUUUAUUGGCAAAGAGCUAUAAAACUGGAUUAGGCAUUUUGAAGGAGGAUAUUUUUGAGAUUGAUCAACCGAGGGACUUCUUCCUAUAUUGCUAUUAUGGGGGGAUGAUAUGCAUAGGACAAAAGCACUUCUGCAAGGCCAGGGAGCUUCUGCGCAAUGUUGUUACUGCACCAAUGUCAACUAUAAAUGCUAUAGCUAUUGAAGCUUACAAAAAAUACUGUUUGGUUUCCCUCAUUGAUAAUGGGCAGUUUUCAACUGCUUUACCAAAGUAUACUUCUUCAGUUGCUCAAAGGAGUCUAAAGAACUUUUGUCAGCCUUACAUUGACUUGGCAAAUAGUUAUAGCAGUGGUAAAAUUUCGGAAUUAGAGAGCUGUGUUGAGACAAACAAAGAGAAAUUUGAAUCCGACAACAACCUUGGAUUAGUAAAGCAGGUUGUAUCAUCUUUAUAUAAGAGAAACAUCCAGAGAUUAACGCUGACAUACUUGACUCUUUCACUUCAAGAUAUUGCCAACACAGUGCAACUGAAUACUCCCAAGGAAGCAGAGAUGCAUGUUCUUCGGAUGAUCCAAGAUGGUGAAAUAUUUGCAACAAUCAACCAGAAAGACGAGAUGGUCAGCUUCCAUGAGGAUCCUGAGCAAUAUAAGACAUGUGAGAUGAUAGAGCAUAUCGACUCAUCAAUUCAGAGGAUAAUGUCAUUGUCCAAGAAGCUGAGUGCUGUAGAUGAACUCAUUUCAUAUGAUCCUGCUUAUCUGGCAAAGGCUGGGAAGGAGCGGCAGAGAUUCGAUUUUGACGACUUUGAUACUGUCCCUCAGAAAUUCAACUUGUAAUGUGAACUGAAUGGCAACACAUAUUGUGGAGAUUACUCUGUAUGUAAAGCCCACAGAAGGAACAGAAAAAGAAUGCCGAAUGAUCCAGGCAAUGAUGUUGAUAACCAAGUUAAUAAUGGUCUCUUGGGGUAUAUUAUGUUAAAAGGGGCUGCCGAAGUUCUUAUUUUAUCUGAAGCUUUUUUCCAUGUUGGGAUUGCGGCCAUGUUGAUGAGAAAAGAGAGGUCUUGUGUUUAAGACCCUGGUUCUGUUCAAAGCGUCACUUUCUUCAAUUUUGUAUUUGGACCUUGUAUAGAUUUAUGAACUAUUUUGUUUGAGCAAUCUGCUUGUGUAGUGAAAAAGUGGGUUUUAUCAGAACCCCCCUUCUGGCCC